AUGGACGUGUCUGACCCGGCAACCCCCGGGCGAGAGCCCAGCGCACGAGAGCCGCCUCAACCAACCGACGGGGAGCCGCAAGCAUCACCGCGCCGAGCCUCUCGGACAUCUGAAUCGUCGACUGAGGAUGGCUACCGCAUGAGCCCAGCUGCUGCGAGGCGGUUUGCCCGCAGGAACAUGCGGAGGACCUCACCGACGCCAGAUCUCGUCACCAGCCUCGUCCGCCCCCCUUCGCCCGAGGCAUUCUACGUCGCCGACCAGUUCCGCCAGAACAAUGCGAGAUUAGACUAUGGUGGUCCCUCGAUGGCGAGGCUGCGGCCAAUUACUGGCGGUCGUGCCUUGGUUCCCUCUCCCAGGCGAAGGUCGGGACCAUUACAGUCUCCUCAUCCUUCAUCGCUUGAUAUCCCCAACAAGUACGGUGGGAACUGCAUAUUUGACAUGUACGCCCUCACAUACGUCGUGGAACCGGAUACCAGCCUGCUCUGUCCCAUAUGCCACGAUCCACUGGUAGAUCCGGUCACUACACCCUGCGAUCAUACCUUUUGUUACAGGUGUCUCCGGAGGAGCAUUGAGUCGAGCCCAUCUGGGACUGCCUGCCCUAUCGAUAGAGAACCGCUUACCUGGUCUGACUGUUUUAGCGCCGAGAGGCUGGUGCGCACUCAGCUGAACAGCCUGCUUGUCAAGUGUCCUAACCGUAACCGAGGGUGCAACAAGCAGAUCCGACGUGAGGCGAUAGAAAGUCAUGCUCGGAUCGAUUGCCGAUUCAAGGACUACCCGUGCCCAGACGCUGAGUGUGAUAAGCGUGUGAGGGACAAAAGCGCCGAUGACAAAUGUCUGCAUGACGAGAGCCCGUGCAAGUACUGCCAUGAGGCCGUGGAGGAGGCAGAGAAGGAGUGGCAUUUGGUGUCAUGCCCCAAAACAAAGACUCGGUGCGAAGCCUGCUGGCAGCUCGUGCCCAAAGCUUCCAUGACCGAACAUCACGAACUCGAGUGUGAUGGUGCCGAGGUCGCAUGCACAUAUCACGACCUGGGUUGCCCCGUUCGCAUGGAGCGCGGCCAUCUGGCAGAGCACACUCUUGCAUGCGCCUUUCAUCCCGACACGGCGUCGGGCAUCAUCAUUAGAUCUCAGCGCGAGCUUAUUCAAACCUACAGCGAUCUAUCGACCCGCAUGCAGGAUAUGCAAAAGGUCCAGGAGGAGACGGCACAGCGCCUUGAACAGCUGACUAAGGCGGUAGAAAAGUCCGGCCCGAUCAGCACCAGCAGUGUGAGCGAGAACAGGACGAUCCAGGACCUGGAUGCGGGCUUCGAGGAGGUCCAUCAGAACCUAACUCACCUGGAAGCGCGGCAGAGCAUGUGGACGUUGAACCAAGUCAUGCCCAUAAGAGAGGAAGUGGCCGAGCUUCGGAACAAUGUCAAUAUGAUUCGCAUGCAUCUCAACUGGCUGAGAAGCCGCGAGGAAGGCAGGAUGAGGGCCGCCAACAACAUGACCAGUUCAGGCGACAGAAACCCUGUUCUCACUGAGCGACGGCGUUCGUCCAACCCCGAUAUGGAUAUCCCACCCAUGGAUCCCAACGAGAAUCCCCCUUCAUGGGUUGGCGGAGAUGGUCCAGAUAAAGAGAAGAUGGAGCAGAUCCGAGCCAGACGUCUCGCCAAGCUUGGCUCCUCAGCGCCAGCUGCCCCUAAACCAGACGACGCCAGCAGUUCGACCGGCGGACAGCCCCGGAAGCCGUCGUCGCCAGCUCCAUCCGCAUCCUCGUCCUCAGCCCCCCAGCCUGCCGUCGCAGGAGCUCCGAGCUCGAACCCCUUCUCAAGAUUAGGCACUGAUGAUGGCAGCCGUAAACCAUCGGACCAGACAAGCUCAACAGGUACACCUCGUCCCUCCCGCAAGCGGCCAGCAUCCGAUAAUGUUGACGUUGGCUCUCCAGCUCCGCCACACAGACCGACCCCCCCUCCGGCCGAGUCAGACGAGGACUAUGCGAACCGCGUGCUCUCCCAGAUCUUCCGCAUCACCGUCAACCCGCAUCAGAUGGCCAGCUCGGGCGGCCAACGGUUGAUAUUCCUGCCCGGCCUGAACGAGGAGCUGAACGAGGCACGCGAGCCCUUGAAGAUCACAACAGCCAACCUGGACCAGGCCGUCCUCGAAGCUGCGAGCUCAUUGCCCCAAGACAAACCUCUGAUGGAUUUCCUGCUGCCGUGCUGGAAGCGUGCUGUCAAGGCUGCUUCCUCUUCUAGGUUCCCGACCGGCCCCAAGCACGAGGUUCACGAGGAAUCAAAACGGCUGGCCCUGAGUCACUGCCUCUUUUCAUUGACGCUGCCGGACCUCUACGGACGGGGACCCAAUCCUAAUCACGAUUCAUUGCUGCCAUAUAUCUUGAAAGGCGUUUUGGAUGAGAAUGGUCUCGAUCUCGAAUUCUACAAGGAGGCUAUUAAACGGUUUGAUGACGACGAGGCAGUCCCAUCCCUCUUCACUGAUUCCAUGGUCAAAAUCAGUACCCGUCUAGGAACCAUGUCGAUGGAAGAUGACUAUCGACCUUACGUUCAGGCAUUGUUGGUGUAUGCACGAUUCCCCGUGUUGAUCACAAACUUGGCAAAACAUCCCACAUUCAACAUGGCGCAAUCGGCUCCGGGUAUUGAGAAACACACAUUGCUUGGUCCCUUCUUCCGUCUGUCGCCUCUCCAGCCAGAGGCCAUCCGUAGUUACUUCCCCGGGGCACGGACGUUGGACAAGUCAAGAAUCGCAAACGCGCAGGAUUCUCUGCGCAUGGUUUUACGGACACACCAAGAUGACUUAUUCGUAAUUGCUAAUGCAUUUAUUCGAGCUGGUCUCGAAACGCGAAGCCGUACCUUGGACUGGUUUGCUUAUGUUAUGAACAGCAACCACAAACGGAGAGCGCUUCAAGUUGACCCGCGCGAAGUGGCCUCGGAUGGUUUCAUGCUGAACAUCACCACGAUACUGGACAGGUUCUGUGAGCCUUUCAUGGAUAACGACUUUAGCAAGAUUGACAAGAUCGAUGUCCGGUAUUUCAAGCGAAAGCCGCGAGUUGAUAUCAAGGAUGAGACCAAAAUCAACGCCGACCAAGCGGCGGCGGACGAGUACUACUCGCAAACUGAGGCUGGUGAAUCCAACUUCAUUUCAGAGGCCUUCUUCCUCACUCUUGCCGCACAUCACUACGGUAGCGAGGCAGCGAAUUCGCAGCUGAAGAACCUGGACCGGGAGAUUAAGUAUCUGGAAAAGCACAUCAAGGCCAUGGAGGCAGAGCGCCCUAAGGUGGCCAAUGUCCCUGCUCAGCUCCGGCUUUUCGAGGAGACUCUCAAGCGCCGUACUACCGUUCUGGAAAAGACAAUCGCCUUGAAACAUGCCAUCGAGGGUGUACUCCUCGACGAACGUAUGCAGAGCACAUCUCUUCGUUUCAUGCGAUACGUUGCGGUUUGGCUGUUGCGUCUGGCAACGGGAUCUGAUUACAAGCCUGGACAAGAGAGCCAACAGAUCAGUCUUCCACUAUCAGCCGAGCAACACAACGGUGCAUUCGCAUGCUUGCCGGAGUACGCUCUUCAGAACAUCGUGGACAACUUCAAAUUCGUGUUCCGGUGGCUACCAAAUAUUCUGCUCAGCGCCGUUGGCGAAGAGCUCAUCGCACUCUGCGUUACACUCCUGCGCUCAUCAGAAUAUAUCAAAAACCCCUAUCUCAAGUCUUCUCUCGUAACACUUCUGUUUAGUGGAACGUGGCCUUUUAUGCACUUAAAGAAGGGUGUUCUGGGUGACCAGCUGAUUGGCAUGAAAUUUGCCAACGACUAUCUUUUGCAUGCUCUCAUGAAGUUCUACAUUGAGGCCGAGUCGACAGGUGUUAACACCCAGUUCUACGACAAGUUCAAUAUUCGAUACGAAAUCUUCCAGGUCAUCAAAUGUGUCUGGGUCAAUGAUGUGUACAGGCAGCAACUGACCCGUGAAAGCCACGUUAACAAGAACUUUUUUGUGCGCUUCGUCAACUUGUUGCUCAAUGAUGCAACCUAUGUCCUGGAUGAAGCAUUCACGAAGUUCCCCAAAAUUAGAAUUAUCGAGAGAGAGUUGGAGGAUCCCACGCUCUCUGCAGAGGACAGACAAAAGAAGGAAGAGGAAUUACAGACUCUGGGGAGCCAGGCCACGUCGUACAUGCAACUCGCUAACGAGACUUUGGAGAUGAUGAAGCUGUUUACCGAAGCACUCGGAGACUCUUUCACAAUGCCUGAGAUUGUCACUCGUCUGGCCAGCAUGUUGAACUACAACCUCGACACUCUUGCUGGCAAGAAGGCCGGUGCAGAGCUUAACGUCUCUAACCGAGAGAAGUAUCACUUCCGACCUAUCCAGCUAAUCUCUGACUUUGUUUGGAUCUACCUAAAUCUCGCGUCAUCAAAGGUUUUCAUUGAUGCUGUUGCCGCAGACGGCCGAUCCUACAAGCCCGAGGUCCUUGAUCGGGUAAGCAGGAUCUUGCAGUCCCGGAACCACAUGGACCCGGCCGACAUUGGACGAUGGAAUACCCUCAAGGCCAAGUUCUUCGAGUCCAAGCAAGUGCUUGAUCAGGCCGAGCUUGAUCUUGGCGACAUCCCAGCCGAGUUCGAGGACCCCAUCAUGGGCGACCUCAUGACCGACCCAGUUCUGCUGCCCAGCAAGCACAUUGUAGACCGUUCAACGAUUGCUCAGCACCUUCUCAGUGACCCCAAGGACCCAUUCACCAGACAGCCCAUGACAGUGGACGAUGUCAUCCCGCAGGAUGAGCUCAGAGAGAAGAUUGAGAAGUGGAAGGAGGAGAAGGUCAAGGCGGCCCGGGAGAAGUUUGAAGCUACUGCCAUGGAUACGAGCGAGUAG